CAGGCAGUGUCACGUCUUGUUUUACGUAUUUCUUCAUAUCCAGAUUGGAUUUAAGUCAUUCUCUUCUUGGAGCUUUCAGAGUACACUGCCACUAAAGUUAGAGCAUGCUUGAAUGGUUUAUUUCGCCGAUAUUUGCUUAUGGAAAUAAAGGGGAGUGGCCGAGGGGAAAGGAGAAGAGGAAUGGAGGAGGGGUUUGAGGCUGAGGGAGGCUCUGACCACAGCACCGAGCACCGGCAACCUUGUCUGAUGUGAUCAUUAACCUUCCUGCAAAACACAGCUGGCAGUUCUCUGAGGUUUGUCAUUAGAAUGUGAAGACAGCCACACGGAUAUUGCACAGACUAUUUACCGAUCGUUCGGUUUACAUUGAGAGUCAUUGCUCCACGUCUGUGUGGUAGGAAAAUGAAAUUUCAGCAAUUCCUUUUUGCAUUUUGUAUUUUUAUUAUGAGUCUUCUCCUUAUCAGCGGACACAGACCAGUUAAUUUGACCAUGAGAAGAAAAUUGCGCAAACACAAUUGCCUUCAGAGGAGAUGUAUACCUCUCCAUUCACGAGUACCCUUCCCCUGAGAUAUAGAUCUCUCUAGCUAACUUUACUGGAUCUAUCAGAAGAAGAAGAGGAGUGAAGGAAAGAGACCCAGCCACCCAAAAGAACUUCAUGAUGCCAACAGUGUGAUUGCUUAGAAGUUCCUACACAAAAAAAAAGGAUCAUUUGAAAGCACCUGGGAUGGUUUAUUAGCUUCAGAGGAUUUUAUUCUUCUUGGCUUCUCUUUAGAGGGAAAGUAACAUAAAUUCAAAAGGAUUCCAAUCUGAAGCCCAAAUUGUUUGCCUACAUAACAAAAACAUCUCAUCUUUUCCUGCACAGUAUUAUUCUCUUAUGGGUUAAAAAGAAAAAUAGCUUUUAGUGUCUUACAACUCUCUCAUGGUAAAAGGUGCAAUAAUUUAAAAUGUUGCUUUCAUAUUCCUAUAAUUCUCCAAAAGUAUAUGUUUGAGUGAUUUUCUAAAAACUGCUCAACCUGAAACAACUGCAUUGACCAUUUGGCUUCGCACAAAAGGGAGAAAAUAAUUGGUUCUUUGAUUAUAGAUAAAGACUAAGAAAAGCUAUUAAUUGCUGCCAAUUUUAUGAUAGGCUUUAAGGUUUAUGAAAGUAUGAUUUUUUGAUUUCAUGAGUAAUGUUGUCCAUUUGAAGUUAAAACAUAAAAUCCUAAUUGUAGUUCAUUUUAUGUUCAAAUGAAACCACUGUUUUUGUUUUUGUUUUUGUUUUGAGACAGAGUCUUGCUCUGUUGCCCAGGCUGGAGUGAAAUGGCACGCUUUUGACUCACUGCAACCUCCACCUACCAAGUUCAAGUGAUUCUCGUCCCUUAACCUCCCAAUUAUAGGCUGGGAUUAUGUGUGUGCCACCACACCCAGCUAAUUCUUGUAUUUUUUGUAGAGAUGAGGUUUCACCCUGUUGCCCAGGUUGGUCUUGAAUUCAGGCUAGAACCAUUCAUUUUUUAACCUUUCUCAUCAUGUAAUUAUAAGAACCCCAUGUUUGAUUUCCUUUGAAAUUUUGUUAUGUCCUUUAUUAUUUUGUAUAGAUAAUUUCUUAAAAAGUCUUAAAGUUGACAUCUAAAAUACAGUUAUGCCAAUGAAGUCCUACUCAGGGUGAUAUCUGUAUCUAAAAGAUGAAUGCUCAACAUCCUAUUAGGCUUUGUCUUGGUGUUGUUCAUCCCGAGAUGCUGAGACAUGGAAAUAAAAAAUCAGAAGGAAUUUAGGGAUAUGAUUACUCAAAAAAGAAACUAUCCUGUCUAAAUUUGAGUUGUGUUGAUAACUAGGUGUUCCUCAGAUGCUAAGAUGUUCUUAAUUUGUAUUUAUUGAAGGAUUGUUAGCUUAGUGCCACAGAAUUUUUCUUACUUUAUGUUAAUUCCAGGUAAGAAAUUUACAAGUUUAUAUC